UGGAGGAACAAUAAUAAUACUCAUUGAAUUAUAUCUGCCCAGGUGUCAUAACGAUUCUAGAGCCCCAUCUGAGUUCAGUCAAUAAUCUCAAUUGAUGUAGAAAAUUAUACCAUAAAUUGAUUUCUCAGGUCUUGAGAAUCUAGACAUGAAUCAGAGCCCCAUCAACAGUAUGCGAUGUUCAUCACCUGAAGCCCAAGGAGUACCUCCAAAGCAUCGAGAACUCAAUACAUCGAACUUUUUGAGUCUCAAUACGUCAGGCAACGAUUCCGUACUCGAUACUGAAUUAGAAACAGCAUGUAUGAACGAAACAAUUGCCUGGUUUAAAAGAACAUCAUCUCGGACUGAAGCUCUCCUCAAGAUACGCAAACAAAUUCAAGAAUUGUCUAUGAGAGAGCGGGAUAUCUUGGAAAGGAAGGUGAAGACCGAGACUGAGACGAUAAAACAGCUGCAAGAUGAUCUGGAAAUAGCAAGAAGCAUUAUUCAUGCAGCUCUCAAAGCCCAGGCGACUGCUGAAUCCGAACUAUCUCAAGUGAAGACCUCAAUGGAGGCGAAAAUCCGUGAACUGACGAAUGCAAACACAUCACAGCCUCAGAUGGACGACACAGAAAUGAAAAACAAGCUGAAUACUGCAGAACAAAGAAUAAUGACAUUGGAAAAGCAGUUGGAGGAACGUUCAGCACUGCAGGGGCAAUUCGAUCAUCAAAAAGAGGAGCUUGAAGAGGCAAAAAGCACCAUUCUGACGUUGAAGGCGGAGUUACUCUCCUGUCGGACAUCAAAAGCAUGUUCGUUGAUGACACGAUGCGUUAAGCACUCGGAGGAGUCGCGCAAAGUGAACAAGGCCAUUUCAACUCUUUGUGAAGUUGAAGAGGAGAGUCAUUCUCUGGAAGAGCAAUGGCAGGGAGAGAAUCCACCAGUGCAGAAAAAUGCUAAGAUAACGUCUGGAGGCUGUAAUCUAGUUAAGAACAGUGAAGAGAUGCAGACAAAAGCCCAGGACACUGAGCAAUUGCCGAAUGUCACACAAAUAAUGAUGCAGUCGUGGAAUGGAGCCGAUCAUGGGGAUGGGAACAAUUGUUACUCAUUCGAAGAUAAAAAUAAUGAAACAUUGAAGAACAGGAACUUGUCGGUAAGGGAAUUGAGUAAAGGUAAACCACAGGGAGACCUCUGGCGCAGCUUGGGCACGGGUUCCAUCGUUCGUCCUACGAAUCCGAAGUUUUAUGAGCUUGAUUGGAAUAAGGAGAUUCGUUACCUGCAGAAGGGGAGAUGGGCAUGCAAGAAAUGUCCAGAGAUGCCCAAAGUUAAAUAUCGCAUGCAGGAUCAUGUGUGGGUUGAACAUUAUGGAGGGAAAUUUCAGUGUACUUAUUGUUCUUGGCGUGCUUCAUUCAGGACCUCUUUCAGCAAGCAUAAGGAAAAAAAGCAUCCACUAUUAUUGAGAAGAACGGCGAAAAAGUUGAGUUUGAUUGAUUGAGUGAUUGGUCGAUUGAGCGAUUGUUAUUUUUUGACGUGGAUACGUCGAUGGUUUCAGUAGGGCGGUCUU